UUAGUAGGUAACGUCUCUCUCUCUCUCUCUAUGUGUCUGUUUGUAAGCUGUUGACUUGUCUGGUCUUGUAGAUUAUAUGAAUCUACAUGUACACUCCUUUAGUUUCGAUAAAAUAAACAUAAAUGCAGAAAAACCAAAAUCAAUCAUUUUUGUAUUUGUGUUAAAAUGUUUUAUCUAUAAGAGAAUAGUGUGUGGAUCUAUAAAACAUUGGAUUCAAUGGCAUGAAAUGCACUAACAAUGCUUGAGGGAACAAACUAGUCACAGAGGGUAAAUCGGUUUGAUAAUGUUUAGAUUAAAUAUCAUUUCAUCAGUGUUUCGAUCAUCAAACAGACAUUAACAUGAUUUAAAUAAAUAGCAAAAAAGAAAAACAAAAAAGGUGAUGUCAAGAGUGGGAUUUGAACCCACGCCCUUUCGGACCCGCACCUGAAGCGGGCGCCUUAGACCAACUCGGCCAUCUUGACACUUGUUUUUCAUUUGUACUUAAAUAUUCAACUCAAUAAAAACAUUAUGCUAUUACCAUCCUUUCUACCUCUUUGAACAGAAUCUCCUCUGCUCCAAUGUUUCUUGAUUCGUAUAAUCUUCGAAAGGUGUUUCGGCUGAUUCGGUACAAAGUUUGCUGCCAGUCUUGAUGGGCCUAUAGAUAAAAGCCCAUAUGAGGCCAAGUUAAACAACAUGACUCAACUAUAAAAUUAGUUUUAUUUGUUUGGGGAUACUUUGUUUAAAUGCUUUGGAUACUCAACCGUUUAGAGUACUCAAAGUGAUACAAUUAAAAUAGUAAUGCUAGAUAGACAACAAAAAUGAUUGUUAAUCCGUGAAACCACUCAAACAAUUAGAGUACACAAAUAGAAAAACCGAAGUGGUCUCUCUUUUACGUAUUUAUUUGAAGGAGCUGGUCGGUAUGGGGGAAUGAAUCGUGUUAGAGAGCCGUCCGCUCAAACAGACAAAAAUGCUCUCGGACCAAUGCAUUUGUCGCCACUUUAUGGUUUCACAAACCGUCCUACUUCAUUAAGAUAUUACCUGAAUCCAAGGAGAUUGUUUUUUUUUUUUUUGGUAAAAUAAGGAGAUUGUUCUUUAGCCCAUAACAACAUCAUCUCUCUCUUUAUCCACACCAUAUAUAUGUAAGAAGAACAUGGAGACGAGUUCUUAAAUCUUCCAAGAAUCUUACGGCAAUCUAUCUCUCACUUGUUAGUCCGCACGUACUUUUGAAACUUGUGGUUUUGAAUUAUUCUAUCACAUUAGAAAAAAAAAGAAAAAAAAAACAAAAGAAAAGAUUCUUUUAUUGUGUAGUUUGCGUUUAUGCUCUUCCUCUUCUCUUCCAUCUGAGUCAACAUCAUCCUUUUCAUCUCCAUAAAGUUGUUCCUUUUAAUUAUUAUUUUCAUUAAAGGUUUUACAGUUCAUUUUCUGAAACUUAAAAGAGUUUUGGUCACAUGGUUCUGAUCAGAAACAUAACUCCUACACCACCAGGCCAUUAAAUUCACUAUUUUGUCAUCAUCCCACGUCAGCUUUUCAAAUUCAAGAAAGCUUCAUUUUGUAUUUCAAGAUUCAUUCAUCAUUUUACAUAGAAAAUUUAAAAAAACAAUGGAGAGUGGUGGGUUUUAUCCAGAUUGGAAGGAUACUUCAUCUUCCUUGUUUGGAUCAGAGAACCUGGAGGAAGACAGAGUUCUCAGAGCUGAAGAGCUGUUCUCAUCUAUUCCUCAGCCUCAGACACCAAAAGAGCCAAUGGAGUUCCUGUCUAGAUCCUGGAGUCUCUCUACUUCUGAAAUAGCCAAAGCACUUGCACUCAAACAUAGACAACAACAACAACAACAACAAGAACAGUUCUGUGUUGCUCAAAACACUCAUCCUGUCUUGUUCCCUGAUGCUGCUGCUUCAGAUCCACUCGUGGCUGGGAAGAUAAUGAACUCGUUUGGCACACGCAAGGGAGGGACAUUGUCAAAAUGGUUUCACCACCACAAGGAACAUAACAGUAGCAGCAGCAGCAACACCAUCAACUAUCUCAAGAAGAAAGACAAGGUGCGCGUGGAGAACGCACACGUGCAUUCCGCAGUCUCUAUAGCCGCUCUGGCUGCAGGUGUAGCCUCUGUGACAUCUGCAAGCAACAGCAAAGGCUCAAGCUCCAAGAUGGCUCUGGCUUUGGCCUCAGCCACCGAGCUUUUAGCCUCACAUUGCGUUGAGAUGGCUGAGCGAGCAGGUGCUGACCGUGCGCGUGUUGCUUCUACGGUGCAGUCAUCUGUGGAUAUCCACAGCCCUGGUGAUCUCAUGACUCUUACAGCCGCUGCUGCAACAGCUUUGAGAGGAGAAGCGGCGCUGAAGGCGAGACAGCCAAAGGAAGCAAGGAAAAACGCAUCUAUUGCACCUUUUGAGAGAAGCUUCUCUGACUCUCAUUGGCCUUCAAAUAUUCAGUUUAGGUUGGAAGAACCAAAUCUUCCAUUAGAAGGAGAACUGAUGCAAUGCUCACGACAUGGAGCGCAACGAAGUAAGCGUGUCAGCGUCUAUUGCAACAAGAAGUCUCAGGUAAUGAUUAAACUGAAAAGCAAACAUGUAGGAGGAGCAUUCUCCAAGAAGAUCAAAACCGUUGUAUAUGGAGUAUGCGAUGAGAAAUCAGCUUGGCCAUACAAGAAAGAGAGGGAAAACAACUCAGAAGAAGUGUACUUUGGUAUGAAAACAGGACAAGGCCUGUUAGAGUUCAAGUGCAAGAACAAGAUUCACAAGCAGAGAUGGGUUGAUGGGGUACAGUGUCUUCUUCGCCAAGUAAACUGCUUUGAGGCUGCCAAGUGCUCUCUGGGAUCUCUGAGUCUCACUAGUAAAACGUGAUGCAGGAUCAUGUAUAUAUAUAUAUAUAUAUAUCUGAUUAUAUAUACAUAUUAAUGUCUCUCCACAUUUUUGCUGUUAUGAUGUAUUUGCAAAAAAAACUGGCAAUGUACAAUCUUUAGUGUUUUGUAACCUGAGAAGACUUUUGGAUAAAGAGCAAAAGGUUGUUCACAAUAA